CACACACUCUCUCUCUCUCUCUCUCUCACACACACACACUCCUCCGGUCGCGCUGUGCGGCUGUGGCUCGGGCGGGUUUCUCGGUACCGAUGGUGUUUGCGGCGGGGUGUGAGCUCGGCUUCGGUUCCGUCAUGUUUGAUGCCAGUGUUUGGCGGAUCCGGAGCAUCCGGGACUCUGUGAGACUCGAGAUCAGCGACGAACCGAGUCCUGCGGUGCUGAACCGACUCACUCAUCUGGACCCGGACGCUCCUCACCUGGAGAAUGCGAGUCAGGAGAUCGGCGAGGAGGUGGAGGAUGGUGCUGUGUUCAGCAUCACGCUGAGGAAGGUCCAGAUGUACCAGUCGUCCAGUAAGAGUCAGCGCUGGCUGGGUGUGGACUCAGACUCGGGCCUCAGUCUGUACGAGACGUGUAAGCUGCGCACCAUUAAAGCAGGAACACUGGAGCGGCUGGUGGAGUACAUGGUCACCGCCUUCAGAGGAAACGACUCCACCUACGUCACCAUCUUCCUCUGCACCUACAGGACCUUCGCCACCACCAAACAAGUGCUGGACCUGCUGCUCAACAGAUACGCUAAACUGCAGCCGGGCGCAGAAGCACGCAGAAUGACCCCUGAUGAGCGAACGGAGCUCAGGAACACCGUCUCCUCUAUCCUGGGCGCCUGGUUGGAUCAGUACUCGGAGGACUUCUGGAAGCCUCCGGACUACAGCUGCCUGAGACGCCUGAUCCACUACCUGCAGCUCAGCUUCCCCGGGUCGGAUCUGGAGCGCCGGGCCUGCAACCUGCUGAGCCAGUUCCACCGCAGACUCCAGCAGGAAUCAGCCCGGGACGUGCUGGAUCAGGGCUGCUGUGCGUUCACUCUGCUGCAGGAGAACGGAUUCAAUGAGGAUCGACACGAUUUCCUGAGCUUUGACCCCACUGUGGUGGCAGAGCAGUUCACACUGAUGGACGCAGAGCUGUUCAAGCGUGUGGUGCCGUAUCACUGUCUGGGAAGCAUCUGGUCUCAGAGAGAUAAGAAAGGGAAGGAACAUCUGGCACCGACCAUCAGAGCCACGGUCAGCCAGUUCAACCGUGUCACCAACUGCGUUAUUUCCACGUGCCUCAGCGACCGGACGCUCAAGCCCAGCCAGAGAGCCCGGAUCCUGGAGCACUGGAUCCAAGUAGCCAGAGAGUGUCGGAUCUUGAAGAACUUCUCAUCUCUGCGUGCGAUUCUGUCUGCGCUGCAGUGUAACCCGGUUCACCGGCUCAAGAAAACAUGGGACGAAGUGUCACGAGAAAACAUUCGCAUCUUCCAGGAGCUGUCAGAGAUAUUCUCUGAUGAGAACAACCACUCGCUGAGCCGAGAACUGCUGAUAAAGGAGGGAACGUCCAAAUUUGCCACUUUGGAGAUCAACCCUAAGCGAGCGCAGAAACGACAGCAGCCGCAGAGAGAUCUGACUGUGAUGCAGGGGACGAUUCCUUACCUGGGAACUUUCCUGACGGAUCUGGUCAUGAUGGACACGGCCAUGAAAGACUAUCUGGACGUGAGCCUGAUCAACUUCGAGAAGAGAAGGAAGGAGUUUGAGGUCAUCGCUCAGAUUAAGUUGUUACAGCUGGCGUGUAACAAUUAUAAUUUCCGGCGUGUGGCGGGGUUCAGUGCGUGGCUCUCUGGCGUGGAGAAGCUCUCGGAGGCCGAGAGGUGAGACAUCAGCAUGGGUUUAGACACACUCACACACUCACUCACACACACACACACACUCACACACACACUCACAUGCAGCGGCUCUGGAAGCUCUCACUCCAAGUCCUUCGAUCAGCUGCGUUUCCCGCCGGGUUUGAGCGGCUCGGCAGGCGACGGCGGCGACUCUCUCAGCGUGACGUCCGCCGGCUCCAGCAGCUCUGACGUGGAGGAGGUCAACAUCAGCUUCAUCUCUGAUUCACCGGAUGCUCUGGAGAGGAAGACCUCCACGCCCUUCGUAAAACAUUCCAAUUCUACCUUAGGGAAGUGCGGCCCUACGGCAGACCUGAUACCCACGUUCUGGGAGUCCACGUCUCUGUCGUCUCUGGACGCGUCGGGUCUCGGCUCAGGUUCUGGCUCCAGCAGUGCCUCCUCGUCUUCAGUGUCGUCCACACCGGUCACAGCGUCCCGCUCGCACAAGCGCUCCGUCUCCGGCGUGUCCAGCUACUCGUCUCUCUCUCUGCCGCUUUACAACCAGCAGGUGGACGACUGCUGCAUCAUCAGAGUCAGCCUGGACGUGGACAACGGAAACAUGUACAAGAGCAUACUGGUCACCAGUCAGGAUAAGACUCCCACAGUCGUGAGGAAAGCCAUGAUCAAACACAACCUGGACCGCGAGCGAGCCGAGGAUUAUGAACUGGUUCAGAAAAUCAGUGAGGAAAAGGAGCUGAAGAUUCCCGACAACGCCAAUGUUUUUUACGCCAUGAACUCCACGGCCAACUAUGACUUUGUGUUGAAGAAGAGAGGUUUCCCGAGAGCAGGCCGCACCAAACACGUGGCCAGCUCCACGCUGCCCCGAAUGAAGCAGAAAGGCCUGAAGAUCGCCAAGACACUCUUCUGAACCCCAAGCUCUUGUUGUGUCAGUACAGCAGCAGCUGGAUGGCCAAACUCUCUCCGAGAGGCGAUCUGUAAGUUUACAGUCAUCCCCGAAUCUCCGAGACCCGCUUCGUCUGUGGUGUCGCUAGCGCUGCUUCUGAUGUCAGCUGUAGGUCCUCUUUCACCUGAUGGUGUGGUCACCUGGCUGAUCACGUGACCGGAAGAGACCGCACACGUUCAUCAGAAUGUCACACCCAUCAGUGUUUUUCCUCUUCACUACCGCGGUGGUGCUCAGGCCGAUGAAACUUUCUCUUCUUCUGUUUCAUGCUUUAAUUUCUCACACGUUCAGAGAUGCCGAGUGGGUUUGUUGAUAAAAGUAAGAUGAAGGCGAAUUCGUUUAUUGCCACUACACAUGAUCAUUCUGGAGGAGGUGGUGUUCACGUGUAAAUCUGAGCGUGUGUAGUUCUAACACGAGUCUAGUAUAACAGCGCAGUCGCUCACGGUGAUGCUCGGCUUCAGUAUCUCAGAGAUCACAUGUGCUCCGCUGUCUUCAGUGCUAUUAGCAUCGCUACUCAUUCACGUAAACUACCCUUCAGCGCCCCGCAUCGCAUUGUUCCGGUUGCUGCACACUUCUGAAAUGCAGCCAUAGCUUCUGAAAUUAGAAUGAAAUGCCAAAAGGUUUCCAGGUGUUCAGCGGUCCGGAGACAUCGGAAGAAGAGAGACGCAACAUGAAAAGUGAAACUGCACAUAAGAAGAGAAAUGAACAUGAAUUGUAACGAGUUUGUUUUGUUUGACCUGUAGUCCAGCGGUCGUUCAUGACGGAAUGCACAUGCUUCACAAAGCUGCCCUGCCAUAGAUCCUUUAUAUGUGACCGUAUGAGUGUGUGUGUGUGUGUGUGUGUGU